CAGGGUCCUUCUUCCUGCUCCCUGUAGCCCUUUGAAAAUUAUCUUUCAUUAAAAAAAUAUUAACCCUAAUAUUUCCCCUUGUUUCAAACAUCAGCCCCGCACCUAACUAGAGAUUGUGCACCUCCAUUGCCGGAAGGCCGCACCUCCGUUGCCGGAAGCCUGCAACGCCCUGCACCUCCUUUGGUGGAAGCCGCAACGGCCUGCCCUGCAUUAGUAGUAGCCGCAACGCCUUGCGCGUUAAUUGGUCGAAGUUAGUGAAGAAGUAAGUGGUGCUUCUUUUUGUUGGCAUCGUGCGGCGCGGCAGAGUGAGCUUGAACGAGAAGAAGGUGUUUCUACAUACACUAGAAAACGAUGAAUUCUUCGGAGGAAGAAAAAGAGGUCGCUGAGAUUGACGCAACAGAAAUUACAUCCAACGGCGAAAACGCGAAAGUGAAGAAAACAAAGAAGAAGAGAGUGGCGUCGAAGGGCGCGGAGAAGCGGGGGUGUUGCAUUCCUGAGCGAAUCCCUCCUCACCAGGGACCACGUAAAGCUUCGCCACAUUCCUCUCAGUUCGGUGAUAUCAAACGAAUUUUCGUCUCUCCCCAAGGUUCUGCUACCCAAGUGCCUUCUAAGCGGUCCCGUGGAUCUCGAGACCAAGAAUAUUCAGAAGGGUAUUUAUUUAUGUUUUAUUUUGGAAUAGGAUUGGGUUGCCCCAAUAUGUUAAAUGGUGAAAAUGGGGGGAGAAAGAGGUCAUCAUUCUACUAUGACCUUUGGAAUAUUAAGUACUUAAGUAAGUUCAAGUGGGAUGAUCUGACUGAAGAACUAGCAUUUAAGAAAGCUAUUCGGGAGCAAAAGCUGGCUGUAGAACUUUCUGCUGCCAAGAGAGAGAGGGAUUUCUAUCUAUCGAGAGUUGAUCAGUCACGUGCUUUGAAUGCUAUAGAGGAGCGGCUAAAGAAGAAGCAGAAGAUUGAACAAGACUCGGGAGUGGCAAAAGUGAUUCGUCAUUUCCCAACAAAGCCUAUAGCUGCUGAUGCGAAGAAAAGUAAACCUGAGCUCUCAGACGAUGUAUUGGAUGCUGUAAGUAACAAUUCUUAUUAGGUAGAGAUUAUUAGUUCUUGCUUUCACAUUAAUCUUGUGCCACGUGGUUGUGCCACUAUCACCACCCUCUUCUCCUCUCUCUCUUCCACCACCACCUUCCCCUUCAACUUCGUCCUCACACAAAGCCCGCCACCACCAACCCCUCGCUGCUCCGUAGGCCAAGUUCCGAAACUCUACGAGCGUCCCACGCGCCCGCAUCAUCGAAGAGACGAACAGGUCCUCGACAAGGCUCUUGCCCUGCGCCGCCUUCCGCAAGGUCUCCUCCCACCUGAAAACUCCGUCGGCGACGUCUCCUGCUCCUCCGCGUCUACGGCUGGGACGCGGGGCGGUGAGUACCUCGGGGGGCUCCCUCCCAUAGCCGCGAACGAGCCGUGUCGGAGCUCGCUGCGAAUUACCCUAAGUUCAGGACCUUUUGCUCAGCACAAGAUGGUGACCUUGCUGGUUGGCCACCUCGCUUUCGAAACCGUGGAGGAACACAGUAAGUACGCUAUUGUCAGCAAGAAACCCACUUCCAUCCACGCCCUCGUCGUCGCCAAUAGAAACACCAACAACACUAAUCUCCGAAAUCAAAAUCACCACCCCGAAGCUGAAAUUCCCACACGCAUUCCCGAAUCCCUUCGGUGA